AUGUCUGACGAAGAUACCUUUGUGGGCGAGGACGCCUCUCGAUAUUUCACGCAGCUGCACGGUCGUCGGCGCAACGUCCUUAAUGAGCGAUAUAUGCUCCCCGCGGACGAAGAUGAGAUUCGCCGGUACAGUUACCACCACCGCAUCCUGCAGUUUGUCUGCGCAGGCCGUAAUUAUGUUGGCCCGGUCAAGGAGGUUCUGACCUACCCCGGCGUCAAGCACAAGAGGAGGGUCCUCGAUGUCGGCACUGGGGGAGGAUUGUGGGCUAUCGAGAUGGCGGACGAGUUCCCUCGGGUGGAUGUUACUGGAGUUGAUCUCGCACCCAUACAGCCGAGGGAGGUGCCGCCAAAUUGCUCGUUCGAGCUGUGUGAUCUCGACGGGCCUGAGCUCCCGUAUUCGAACCAUGCCUAUGACAUAAUCCACGCAAGGUCAAUGCAUACGGGGAUUGGCAAUUACCAACAGUUCGUCAAUGAACUGACAAGGAUGCUGCGUCCAGGCGGCAUCCUCAUCCUGAUAGAACCCGACUCGCAACCCGUCGUGGACGGCAAACGCCCUCAAACGUCGUAUGCUUCCGGCGCUCCGGGGUGGUUCGCCCUUUGGGAAGCAUAUCGGAACUGCCUCACACGGAAGGGCGUCGAUGUAAACGUCCCAUCGCACCUCGGGGCCAUCAUCCGGCAGACGGGUGCCUACGAGAAGAUCCGUGUGCAAGAAGCCAGCAUCCCCAUCGGCUUCUGGCCCAAAGACGAGACGUUGCUCACUAUCGGGCAGCUAGCCUGGAUGGAGUACGACCAUCUCCUGCCGGCUAUGCGGCCGAUGCUGCUGGAGGCCGGGAUACCCGAGUGGAAAGUGAAGGUGCUCAUUGAAGAUGCUCACCGCGACAUGUACGAGCCCGUUAUGCCACCGUCCGUCCGCCUGCACGUCGUGCAUGCCAUUAAAAAGUAA